AUUUGAAUUAUGAUAAUAAUUAUAUCUAUAGGAAGGUUUUCAAUCGUAAAAAUUCAUUAGAAGUAUUUCAAUAUCCAUUAUUAACACCAUCGUUAACAACAUUAAUUACAUUUCGUUUUGAAACAAAUUUGAACUUACAUUCAUUAACAUUAAUGUUAACUUAA